GCCAUCAUCUAAUUACCUCGCUUCAAAACUAAUAACCAAAACCAAAACAAACCAACCAACCAGGUAAUUUGGCUCUAUUUCUCUCCGCCGUUGCGUCGGAGCUUCUCCGCCUCCGUCUCCGCCCCCGGCCCGGUCCGAGCCGGCCCGCCUCCUUCUCCUUCGAUGAUCGCCGGACCCAGCCCGGCACAUGCCGAACCCGUGGAAGAAGGCGCGGGCCGCCGGCCUCUCCCGGCUGGUAUCCGGCCUCGCCCGGCCCGAGCGCGGCGCCUCUCUCGUCGUCCAGACCGGCUUCCCCACCUCACUCGCCGACCUCGUCGUCAAGAACCGUGACCGCCUCAAGAAGCCCUCCCGCAAGAAGACCCCCUCCCCCUUCCCUAGGGCUCCGGCGACCGUCGCCGGCGACGAUCCCUGCCCUCUUCCCGCAUUGCAUAGCCCCAGGGCCGGCCGCGAUGGAAUCUCGGAAGAAUGCCCCCGCCCUCCGCUUCCCAAGUCCGUGGAGAUCAGGAGCAACGGGACUGGGUCCGGAUUUGCGCUUCUGGUGGUGAAUUUGGUGGUUUUAAUGGUUCUGUCUAUCGAAAGGAGGAAGCUUGUCGCCGGGAUCACGGUCUCGGCGUUUUCCCUGCUUUUGCUCGAUUUCAUGGGGUUCCAGGUGUUCGCGUUCUUGAAGCCGUGCUCGGAUGCGAGGAGGAGCUUGACUUCGGUGGUUGGAGGAUUGGAUUUGGAGGGUAGGGAGCGGGUUUCUCCGAUAAGGGAAGUUGGGGUCGAGGGCCGCCUGGAUUCGAUUGCAUCCGACAGGAGUUGGGAGGAAUCUUUCAUCGAUUCGGAUCAGCGGAGGGAGAUUUUGCCGGAAUGGAGGGAUCUUGCUGUCGGCCGAAAUGUUGGUUCUUCUGGUAAUUCAAAUCGGAAGAAGUUCUGGAAAAAGUUUGUCCCGAAGAAGUUUCGUGGGAGUCGAAAAGGUAAAGAUGAAAGGGAACCGAUCUCGAAUUCUUGUUCGAUUUCGAGCGGGAGAGGAGAAUUUGAUGGCAUCAGAGAAGUGGAUGAAGUGAUCAACGGAGCAGGAGACGAGGAAGAUGGCAAUGUUCCGAGCUUCAUUGACUCCACUGAGGUUACAAAUUUUGAUAAAGAGGAGGAUGUGGAUGUGAGUAGAGAAAUUGUUCUUAAGACUAAGUCAGGAUCUCAGCAGCAUGUUUUCUUUGUGAUAGUUCUUUUGGGGCUUGUCGGUGGGAAGGCUGCGGCGGUCGUUCUAACUCUGUCUUGGUGUCUGCUUAUCAAAUUAGCUCAAACCAUGCAGAAGAAAUGAAACAUGCAUUGAGCCGAUGUCAAGUUUUUUGAUGUAUUGUGCAUUAGUGGAAGUUUUUUUUUGGUCUCUGAAGUUGGGAAGGCUUUUGCAUGUAUCAUCACUUCUCAUGAUCGAAAGCUCAGCUCAACCUUGGGUUGAUGAUUUGUGUGGCAAAGUUUGUAUAAAGUAUUGUCCACAAAAAGGUAAAAGGAAAAUUGCAAUUGUUUAUUUAUUCCUCUUGUAGCUUGA